CUGAAACUUACAGGUGGUUCAUUAUCUGGUCGGAAGUUGUCACAGACAGAAAAUAUAUACGGGAACUACAAUCAUCGUGAUGCAAAUCUGCAGCUUCACAAGCUUUCCGAUGACGGGAUCCGGACGCCGCAAAUGAAAACAUCACGAUAUGCGGAAUCAGGAUAUCUGUCUGCUGCUUCCAAGUUGUCUCCAAGUUGUUCUGCUGAACCAAACGGAUCCCAGUUGUCGCUUACAUCCUCGUCAAAUUCACUUUAUUCAUCGAUGGAGGAGAAAUAUGAGGCAGAAAUCAGGAAACUCAAUAGGGAAAUGGAGGCAUACAGGAAUACGAUAACAAAGUUAACUGCAAAACAUGAUGGCUACAAUCAUCUCAUUCAGCUGUUCGAGUCUAAACUACAGCUCAUGGCGAAACACGUCGAGAAUUUGCAAUCCAAAUCACAGCUUAAGAAAGAUGAAGUACAGAAGCUACGAGCGGAAAUCGAACAACUACGCGUGAUGAGUAUUAACGCGGGAGUCAACGUAGCGGCAAUCGCUACCAUCUCACAGCGUAAAAAUUGGUCGCCAGGACAGUCGAUCAGGAGUUCGUUCUCGAAAUUUACAAAGAGCAAGAAAUCGAAAGGUGGUGGUUCGAUAUCGGAUGCUGAACAUUCACCAAUGCAUACUUCCGGUUCCCCAUCAACUCUGAAACCAAUUUCGGGUAGUGCAAGCAGGUUGGACGAAUUGGAAACUGUACCACAGGUGGUCGAACUGAAAAAGCAGCUGGAAGAUAAAGAUUCUGCGCUGACAGAUGUUCGGUUGGAUGCACUAGAUAAAGCACGUGAAGUAGAUAUCCUCAAGGAAACGAUCAAUAGGCUGAAGAACGAAAACAAGAUUCUGAAGCAGAAUUAUACGAUGCUUGAAAGGCGAAUGCGAGCCGAAAGUCGAACAAGCUCGCAGCAAUCGCUGCAAGCAUUGCCCGAUGAGGAUCCAGUCUAUGAAGUAACAGUGAGCGUCGAUUUCAGUGGUCUGUUAAGGCCACGUUCGCAUGCCGGUGAAAUUUCCAUUGGAUUCAACACACUUCCUGCAGCUAGCACUACUUGGGAAGAUUUCGAUUCGGAGCUUUUCAGACUGUUCGAUGAAUAUAUAGCGAGAAUUGAUCCCAAUGGAGCUCUCGAAUUAAGUGCUCGAGAAUCCGUAAUUGGCUAUGAGUUUGGCGACUUCGUUCGAGACGUAGAAAGUAAUUCGGCGCCGUCACCAAUGCCAGCCGAUGUGCUCACCCAGAAGCACGACAUACGCAUUUUCUUAAAAGGUGUGACUCAACGAAGCAUCGAUGGACUGCUGAUGGACUGCCUCUUCCCGCGCUCGUUAAUCGAACAGCUUCUGAAAUCACUGCUGCAAAAUCGUCGAUUAGUGCUGUUCGGUGCGACUGGUAUCGGAAAAUCGAAUCUAGCUCGCUUGCUUGCUCGAUAUCUUUGUAUCAAAGUUGGAGGAACAUUUCAAAAUACCGUCGUCGAUAUCAAAAUUGGCGAAGAUGAUAAUGAUCGAAAUAUGGCACAGGUGCAAAAGCAACUGGAGUCGCUUCUGCGGAGCACGAAACCAUUGAUCAUUUUGCUGGACAAUAUCCAUCGUCACCGGAUUGCCUUCCUUAGCUCGUCAUUCAGCACCGUGGAUACACCAUCAAAAGACGGACCUUAUGUAAUUUGCACCGUCAACAGGGCAUCACGUCUACCAGAGUUACAGGUGCAGCAUAAUUUCCGCAUGUUCCAAAUGCCAAACAACGUUGAUGCAAUCCGCGGCUACAUGGGACGCUUCCUGAGACGCCGGAUACUGGAGCGAGAAAUGAGUGGUGAAGAGCGCUCUGCUCCAGAAAUUUACAGGAUCGUUGAGUUUCUUCCCAGGGUUUUGUCUUCCGUAAAUUCGAAAGCAAACUCUCUGGAUGUCACGAUUGGGCCUCGUCUUUUCCUGCAAUGUCCAUUAAGUGUGGUGCAAUCGCGAGAAUGGUUUAUCAAGCUGUGGAAUCAAAUGAUUGUUCCCUACAUGAUCAAAGUAGCAAAAGAAGGUUAGUU